AUGGCCCCCAUUAACUCGUCUGGAAAACACAAAGAGUCGGGCACCGCCCGCGUUCUUGGCUCUGGCGCAUCUGGUGUCGCGGAGUUGCUGGUAUUUCACCCUGUAGAUACAAUUGCCAAGCGACUUAUGAGUAACAAGGCCAAGGUCUCGUUCUCGGCCCUGUCGCCUAUUAUCUUCCGUGAAUACUCGAACGCACCUUUACUGAAGAAAGCGGUCAGCUUAUUCCCUGGACUGGGGUACGCAGCGGGAUACAAGGUUGCCCAAAGGAUAUACAAAUUUGGUGGACAGCCGUACUUCAAUGACCUCAUCUCAUCCCACUACAAGCAAAACUUUACAAAUGCAUUCGGAGAGAAAAAUGGAAAAAUGUUGAUGCAUGCGUGCGCAGGCAGCUUGACCGGUAUCGGCGAAGUCGUCCUUCUCCCUCUCGACGUCCUCAAAAUCAAGCGCCAAGUCAACCCCGAAGCAUUCCGCGGACGAGGAGUCUUCAAGAUUGUCGCCGACGAAGGAUUCGCUCUGUACCGCGGCUGGGGAUGGACAAUGGCACGAAAUGCGCCUGGAUCCUUUGCACUGUUUGGCGCCUCCUCGUUUACGAAAUCUAAGCUGCUGCAUAUCGAGGAUUACUCCAAGGCCACCUGGACUCAGAACUUUGUUGCCUCGAUUGCUGGUGCUGUGGCUAGUAUUACUGUCGCGGCUCCACUUGAUGUUGUCAAGACUCGCAUCCAAAAUGCCAACUUUGAGUCAAACGUCGGCGGUUUAACCGUCGUAAAGGACCUGCUCAAGAAUGAAGGCCCGACCGCCUUUUUCAAGGGACUUACUCCCAAGGCAAAUCAUCGUCGUUGGACCCAAACUCGUUUUCAGUUACACUCUCGCCCAGUCUCUCAUCCCCUUCUUCGCCAACUAUGUGUAAAAGCCUUCCUGUAUCCAUAG